CCUCGCUCCAACUUCUCUCCCUCGUUUUCUAUUUCCCUCUCGUGUCGCCAAUUUUCAGGCUUCCUCUGCAAGAUUCAGCGCUCAAUCAACGAAGCCACUCACUUCUCCAUUUUUUACGCUUCUAAAGAUCUUGCUAGAUUCUCGCUCACUAUCUAGUUCCACGUACUUUUUUCACAGUAGGAAUUGCACUUCCACAUUCUACUCUCUCUCCUUCUCUUUAGCUUCAUUCACUUCUGUUCCGUCGAUCUUAUGGAAAUUGGUCAUCCUUGCGAAGCGUUUUUAGGCGUUCAGUUUGUUCUAUUUGGAUUCAGUCAUGUCGAUGAGAAACGGGUUCGGUCUAAGCUAAUCAGUGGCGGCGGGGUUGACGCUGGUCAGUAUGGCCCGAGUUGCACUCAUGUGAUCGUGGAUAAGGAUAAGAUUGUUUAUGAUGAUCCUGUUUGUGUUGCUGCUCGAAAUGAUGGCAAGUUGCUUGUCACGGACUUAUGGGUUGAUCAUAGAUUCGAUUCUGGGUUGCUCGCGGAUGCUACGUCGGUAUUGUACAGACCCUUAAGAGAUCUGAAUGGUAUCCCGGGUGCUAAAAAUUUGACCAUGUGCUUGACUGGAUAUCAGCGACAAGACAGAGAUGAUGUUAUGACAAUGGUUGGAUUGAUGGGUGCACAAUUCUCCAAGCCAUUGGUGGCGCACAAGGUCACCCAUCUCAUAUGUUACAAAUUUGAGGGGGACAAAUAUGAUCUUGCUAAAAGGCUGAGGACCAUGAAGCUUGUCAACCAUCGUUGGCUGGAAGACAGCUUGAGGGAAUGGACGCUACUUCCGGAAUCUAAUUACAACAUGAGUGGAUAUGACAUGGAGACGUUUGAAGCUGAAGCUAAGGAUUCUGAAGACGAAUCUGACAGUGGCAUCACAAAACAUUUUGCAAGGAGAAACACAAAGAGUCCUAACACCAUGAAAUUUGGUUUGCAUUCAACCAGUGAACUAUCUAAUACAUCGCCAGCUGCAAAAACAUUGGAUGAUCGUGCAAACAUUGUUGAUCCCAAGAGCAUGUCGACGGUUCCUACUACUUAUAGUAAAUUUAUUCCUUCCGGAAAAUUUGAUAAGCAUGAUGCCAUUGGGGUGCCUACUUGUCAGGAAGCUGACGUCUUUAGUAAUUCUUGGUGUUCUGUGCCGUCUGAUAUGAAUAUUAAAACUUCUGAAUCUGAGAAGCAGAAAGUGAAAAAUGAGGCAGUGUCACCUCAAUUAAAUGCAGCUAAGUCCCCAAAGCUAUGUGCAACAAGUUACUCUAGGAAAACCCCAUUGAAGUCGCCACUUCCACUGUUUUCAGGAGAAAAAUUGGACAAAGCAGUUGUCUCCUCUAAAAUGGCUGUAGGUGAAAUAAAAGACAAUAUUGGUGUUGAUGCAGCUUUUACAAAGAUAGAGCAAGUGAAGGAUGCAACAUUUUCUGGCUACGAGCAAAAUUCGUUGAGGGGAACUGAUUUAUUUGGUACAGGAGAUUCAAAUGCUAGAUUGCCUCUGAACAUGAUUUCAGAUGUGUCUUAUGAUGUCUCUCCAUCUCAUAAAAUGAGUGUGGAUACAAAAUCAUGCACCGUGAAUAAUCUCUUCAUAGAUGAAAAUAUUUUAGGAUUGGAAAUGAAAAGUGUUUCCUUAGACAACGACAAGUCAAGUGAGUGUCAUGCUACAAACUUGCAGAAUAGUAGGGUUAUUACCGACACCUUUAAUACUAUGAAGAAACCAUUGACAUGCGACUCCCCUUACAGCAAGAGCAUUCUCUCUCCAACUGAGGAUGUGGCUGAAGACGGCAAGAAGACCCCUCGAACAUCAUUCCAGGUAUCAGAAAAAGACAUUUCACCUGACAAGCCUGACAAGCUAAAUCAUUAUUAUGAGAUUGCUGGAGAUGUGGUUGGAAAACCUGAAGAAACAGAUAAGCAGCAGAAUGGUGUUUUGGCUACAUCUGAAAGUGAUAGAGGUACAAAGGCGAAUAAAUCAGCUUCUCCAACUCAUUUAAAAAUUUCUACUGUUCAAAAGAAUGACUCACAAUCCAAACAACAUAGAAUCAAGAUGUUUGCCAAAAAGAGUUUAGGUUCUAGACCUAAGUUGGGCAGUGCCAAUCGCAAGGGUUCUAUUCUCUCGAAUAAAACCAGUUCCUUAAAUGAUUCUGUUUCUUCAUCAUGUGGGAAUGAUGAAAAAUUCUUCAGCUCAUCUCCUAAAACUGUCAAUACCGGAGUAAAAAAGGUUGCGGAGGCAACAGAUAUGGGGGAUAUUUUUCAUAAGUAUGAAGCCAUGGACGAGGAUGAUAAAACUGUAGAUCAAGAAAAUAAAGAAGCAGAUUUUGAGCAAAUGAUUGACGAUGAGAACUAUAAGGAGGUUCGGUUAACAAGUGAUGUGGACAAGCUAGCUAAAGAGACUGCAUCUGGUGUGAAAUCUAACAGUAAGAGUAGUGUGCUUGAUGAUACGAUUCCCUCAGGUAUAAUAAAAGAAGUGAUUGAACCAGGGGAACCAGUUUCCAUCAGGAAUAUACAACUGGAUGAAUUAAGAGUAGAAGAUGAUGAAAAAUCAAAAUUGGAUGCAGGGGAUAGAGGUCCCAUGGAAGAAACAACGUUGAUAGACCCUUCUAAAAUGAAAUCGAAACAUGGUAAGGUUGGUAAAGCACCCCGUAAGAAAGUUGAGACGAAAGGGAAAAAGAAAUCUCAGUUGGUUGCUGCAGGGCCUAAUACUGAAGUCCAUACUACACCUGAUUAUAAGUCAGAGAAGGAAAAUGAACCAUGUGAUGAAGGUGAUAAAACUGGUGAUCUUGUCAAUCACUGUUUGGAUAAACCUACUGUCAAGUCUAAUACAAAGCAAAGAAAGACCACUAAAAAAUCUCGAGAGAUCAGUGCUAAUUCUUCCAUGGCAGUUGAAGAAGUUUUGAGAGAAGUAAAACCUGAACCUGUAUGUUUUAUCUUGAGUGGACAUCGUCUAGAAAGGAAGGAGCUUCAGAAAGUAAUCAAGCAUUUGAAAGGAAGGGUUUGCAGAGAUUCUCAUCAGUGGUCAUAUCAGGCAACACAUUUCAUAACCCCUGAUCCAGUCCGUAGAACUGAAAAGUUUUUUGCAGCUGCAGCAUCUGGAAGGUGGAUUCUCAAAUCUGAUUACCUAACAGAUAGUAGUCAGGCUGGAAAACUCUUGAAGGAGGAGCCUUACGAAUGGUACAAGAACGGCCUCACCGAAGAUGGUGCAAUCAAUUUGGAAGCUCCAAGGAAGUGGCGGCUGUUGAGGGAGAAGACAGGUCAUGGUGCCUUUUAUGGAAUGCAUAUCAUCAUAUACGGGGAAUGCAUUGCUCCACGUCUGGAUACUCUCAAGCGUGCUGUUAAGGCUGGAGACGGGACAAUACUAGCCACAUCUCCACCUUAUACCAGAUUCCUAAAGUCUAGAGUUGAUUUCGCUGUUGUCAGCCCUGGCAUGCCACGUGCUGAUAUGUGGGUCCAAGAGUUCUUAAAUGAUGAGAUACCCUGUGUAGCGGCUGAUUACUUAGUGGAGUAUGUCUGCAAACCUGGUUACCCUCUUGAUAAACAUGUACUUUACAAUACUCAUGCGUGGGCGGAACAAUCUUUUAGCAACCUCCAGAGGAGAGCAGAAGAAGUUUCCGUAGACUUGAGCCCACGGGAUGAUUGUAGUAGUGAUAACGAUAUAGCCUGCCAAGAGUGUGGAUCCCGAGAUAGAGGAGAGGUGAUGCUCAUUUGUGGCAACGAAGAUGGUUCAAAUGGUUGUGGAAUUGGCAUGCAUAUAGAUUGCUGCAAUCCUCCAUUGCUGGAUAUUCCAGAGGGUGAUUGGUUUUGUUCAGACUGUAUUAGUAGUAGAAACAGCAACAACUCUCCAAAUAAAAGGAAAAAGGGAGUCUCGGCAAAGAGGAAGUGACUUUAGAUUUUGCAUAAUAAUUUUAAUUAUCAGGAAAGUUUUUGAUCUAAAUCUUGUAUAUUUCCAUCUUGCUUGAACGAAUGAAGCUGAUUGUGUUCUUCCAGGUCUUUUAGUCUGGAGAAUUUCCUCAAUUGAUGAUCGUGCUGCCGUUUGAAUCUCUUUCUCCAAUCACUCAGGUUUGGAACUUAUUUACUCUGCACGCAGUAAAUUUUCAUAUUCCAUUUGACAAUGAGUUUAGUAUAGAAAACAAUAUGGCGUGGCUUAACCAAUUUGAGUAUAGUCAACUGGUCAAGACACUUAUCUUUGAUUUAAAAGUUUUUAGUUUGAAUCUCUACUCUCACCUUAUACUAAAAAAGAAUAAAGAAUGACGUGACUUAAGAUUUAUGUUAAAUAUAUCGUGAAAAGAAUCAAAAUGAAAUAGAUAAACUUACCAUUAGAACUUUUGAGGAUUGACAUAAGAUUUAGUUUUAUGUUUGCAGUGAAAUAAUAAUUUGAUAUCUACAUGGGGAAGUUACUUAGAUUUUGCAAAAUAAUUUUAAUAAUGUUUUGUUCUCAAUGAAGUUGUUGUUCUAUUGUUAUGUGGAAAUUGUUUCUUGGAUUAACUAGGGUUUAUUUGAAAGAAUGUGUGAAUAGUGAAUGGUGCUUUUUUGCACAUUUUCCUGUACUUUUGUAUCAUCUGCUUGCAAUUUCUUGAAAUGGCCAUGGCUAGACUAGCACAGAAAAGACAAUAGGCUUUUCCAGGAUUGCUAUAUGGAAACUUCUUGGGCCCCAUUACCCUUUAA